UACCCGCAAGAAGUCAUUGAAGUCAGCAGUAUGCUCGGUGAGCCACCAGCAGAAGCCAGGACUACCCACCAUGUCGGCAGUUACGGAGGUUCAGAACACCACAACCGAGGCCCUGGCCGCCCUGCUAGACGGGGGUGAAGGCUCCCUGGUGACGCUAGUGGCGGGCGAGACGAGGGUGGCGGCUCACAGGGCCGUGUUGGCAGCCGCGAGCCCCGUGUUCGCAGCGAUGUUCGCGCACGACAUGCUGGAGGCCAGCAGCGGCCAGGUGAGCAUCGACGACGUGGAGGGCCCGGUGCUGAAGCUCCUGGUGGCCUACGCGUAUACCCUGCAGGCCCCCCAGCUGCCCGACACGGCCCCCCAGCUGCUCUCGGCGGCCGACAAAUACGGCUUGUCGGCCCUGAAGGCUGCCUGCGAGCGGCAGCUGAUCUCGCAGUUGGCCGUCGAGACCGCAGCGGCGACGGCCGUCAGGGCAGUGAGGCACUCGUGCCCGGACGCCACCAGGGCUGCCGUCGCCUUCAUAAAGGACCACCUGCAGGUGAUGGCCACGCGGGGCUGGGCAGACGCUCUGCUCGAGUACCCGCAAGAAGUCAUUGAAGUCAGCAGUAUGCUCGGUGAGCCACCAGCAGAAGCCAGGAGCCUCUCUGCAGAGGAGAGGGGCAGGAGGCUGGUCGAGGCGGCUGAGGAGGGGGCAGUGGGGGAGCUGAGGGAGCUGAUCGCCGCAGGGGCCGACGUGGUGCCGGGGGACGAGGGUGGGUGGACCGCCCUGCACUGGGCAGCGUACAGGGGAGACGUCGAGGCGGCGAGGCUGCUGGUGGCGGCGGGGGCGGCGGUGGACGCCAGGGAUGGCGUUGGGUGGACGCCGCUGCAUCUUGCGGCAAUCAAUGGCCGCCGAGAAGUGGCGGAUGUGCUGCUCGACGCGGGGGCCGACAGGGGCGCCACAACUGGUGAUGGGGAGACACUGCUGGACCUCGACCGGCAGUGCAACGAGAUGCGGCUGGUGAUGAUGCUGUUUGAUGAGGCAGACAGUCCAGCGAACUCUGUGCAAAACAACAGGAACUGAAAGAAUCUGUAACAGACCAAUAUUCAUAAUUUUUUAAAU